ACAUAGAACACAUUCCCAGACUAGAUUGCCAUGCUCCCUUCCUCCUAACACAUCACUUGACUUUCUCCAGUCGAAAAAAAUGCACACUGCAUGAUAGAGACUGACCCUCAAAUUCCUUUACAAUUCGGAGGGUGUCUGCCUCCUUUCAACUUCUAAUUGGUCACGUGGUCCCAACUGUGGAGGGUGUGCUCACAGAGAAUUCUGAACCGUAGAAAGGCAGGCAGCCCUGACAACACCGGCUAGCAUCCGAAUGGGUGACACUAUGGGUUGCAGCGUAAGGUGGCAGUGGUGGUGGUUACAAGCUCUCUCCUUCCUAUCCCUAUCCGCACUCUUCUCAACAGUCCACUGCCAGCAGUAUUUCGUCACCGAACCAGAGGAUGCUCAGGUUCUGUCAGGAGGCACCGUCCUCCUGAAGUGCAAAGUUGGCGACAAAGCUGGGAUGCUACAGUGGGUGAAAGAUGGCUUUGCGCUGGGCGAGGAAAGGAUUGCACCAGGGUUUCCACGCUACACCCUAACGGGGGACAGGUCAGCUAAUGAGUACAACCUGCAGAUAGAGAACGCAAACCUGAACGAUGACACUGAGUUCCAGUGCCAGGUUGGGCCUCCAAGUCCCAUCGGGUCACAUGCAGCAAGAGUUACCAUCCUAUUGCCGCCUGAUGACCCAAGCAUUGAGGGGUACAACAGUGGAGUGGGCAUCCCGGUGACGCCAUCAGAGGGGCUCCAGCUCACCUGCAGGUGUAACAACGGGAAACCCGCAGCUUCCUUGACCUGGUACAAAAAUGGCGAGGAGAUCACCGAGGGAGUCUCCUACAGCACGGAGCCGACGGGAACAGAGAAGCGGGAGAACGCCAUCAACGUUCUACAGCUGCAGCCGACGGACGAGGACAACGGUGCCAGAUACGAGUGCAGGGCCAGCCACGCAACGCUAGAUGCAACUAAGAACGUCUUCGUCACCCUCAGUGUGCAAUAUCCUCCAGGAGAACCUGUCAUCACAGGAUUUGAGACCCAGCCUGUGAAGAAAGUGGGAGAUCUCCUACAGCUGACCUGCACGUCCGAGGGUGGCAACCCGCUGGCCGACCUCAUCUGGUACAAGAACGACCAGCGCAUCGACUCCUCGUACCACACCGUCGGUAACCAGGCGCUAAACGAGCUGAUCCACACCGUGGUCGCCAGCGACAACAAUGCAGAAUUUUCCUGUCAGGCUUCAAAUGGCGUCACCUCAACCCCAUUGAAGACCUCCAUCACAUUGACAGUAAAAUUUCCUCCAACAGAGGUCACCAUCUCGGGCUACGAGCAGGGUCUGAAGGCAGGGGAUGCUGCAACGCUCAUCUGCACCUCGGCCAAUAGCAACCCAGCGGCCGUGCUGACCUGGUGGACGGGAGGUCGCCAGCUCGGCUCCCCGCAGACGUCGGACAGCAUCGUCACCGCCGUUCCGGAGGGAGGGUUUGUGACCCAGCAGAACCUGACCAUCGACAUCACCGCCGACGACAACAAGGUGAUCUACACCUGCCAAGCUGUCAAUGAGGAACUUCCAGGAGCAUCAGCCGUCACCACAAACAUCAGACUGGAUGUUCAAUAUCCCCCAGAUGAACCUUACAUCUCAGGCUACGAAGAAGGCACCAUUGUCCGGGCGGGGCGCCUCCAGCGGAUGACGUGCAUCGCAGCGGGAGGAAACCCAGAGGCCAGCCUGGUUUGGCUGAAGAACGGACAGGUCCUCAGCGCUGAUUCCAACUCCAUCACCUACUCCAUCAGUGGCAACAUCGCCUCCAGCGAACUGUCCAUCAUUGCCGAGGCUAGUGACAACAAUGCCGUGUACAGCUGCAAUGCCAGCAACCCUGCCACUUCUCAGCCACUCAGUGCUACCAAGGUUCUCACCGUCCAAUUUCCCCCAGAGAGGGUGGCCAUCACUACCAACCCACCAGUGCUGAAGGCAGGCGAGCAGGGCACGCUGUCCUGUACGUCAUCCAGCAGUAACCCUGCCUCCGUGGUGACGUGGUACAGGGACGGGAAGGUCCAGUCAGGGACGGUGGAGGGGAGGGUACCGGCCGAGAACGGUGGAUUCAGCACGACCAACGCCUUGACCAUCCCGCUGACAUCCACGGAAGAUGGCGCCGUGUUUUCCUGUCGUGCCACCAAUGAGCUGUUGUCGGAAAGUGUGAACGAUGCCAUCACUCUGGAUGUGAAUUUUGCCCCUGAGUUCCCAGUCAGUGAAUCCACUCCAAUAGUGAAUGCCACAGAAGGCCGUGAUGCAAUCAUCAACUCAACUGCCUCAGCGAACCCUGCUGCAGUGGACUACAGAUGGUUCAGGGAUGGUGUGGAGUUGACUGCAGUAAGACAGCGGAGGCAGGCCAGCGGUCCUCGCUACAUCGUCACUGGAGGAGCUCUCAUCAUCAAGAACGUCACGCGCAAUGAUAGAGGGAAUUAUGUGUGCCAGGCUUCUAACGAACUUGGCUCUACUGACAGAACCUUGUUUCUGAAUGUACAAUAUCCAGCUGAGAUUGCAGACAUCACGGACCACAGAAUAGUGGACAUAGGGGGGUCUGCUCAGCUCUUCUGCACGGGAGUGGGGAACCCAACACCUCCCAACUUCGUCACCUGGACGCGGGAGGGCAUGAACACAUCCCGACUCGUCCGGUCAUACAGCGACCUCACAGCCACCCUCAGCAUCAACGACAUCACGAAGGAGGAUAAGGGUGACUACAAAUGUGUGGCGAACAAUGGCAUCCCACCUGCUGCUGUGCAGACUUCAAGAUUGUUUGUCAGAUUUGCCCCUGAGUUGGACAAGUCCCCCCUUCUGUCCAGAGUGGCGGCUGGGGAGGGUGACACAGCCAACCUGGUCUGCAAGGCAGACGGGUUCCCCAAUGUGGAGUUCUCAUGGUUCAAGGGCAGCGAGUUGUUGAACACCAGUGGAAACAAGCUGCAGAGCACGGUCCGCACAAAGAGCUGGUACCAACAGGAAGGCAUUCUCAUCAUCCACAACGUGUCUGCCAAUCAGGACUACAGCACUUACAGGUGCCAGGUCACCAACAGCCUGGGAACAGACACCUUCAAUGUCAGACUGGAUGGAAGAAGUAAACCAGACAUGCCCACCUCUGUCACCCUGGUGAAGAAGGAGGACACGACGGUUACCCUGUCCUGGACUCCUGGGUUCGAUGGCGGCGUGCAGCAAUCCUUCCAGAUUCGCUACAACAAGCAAGGAAGACAAGGUUUUGUGUAUGUUGAUGUCACACCUUCCAAUGCUACAACCUACACUGUGACGGGGCUGGACCCCAACACUGCCUAUGAGUUUGCUGUUACUGCUUUCAACACCCUUGGAGAAAGUGACUAUCUGCCCCUCGAUGACCCUGUACUUACAAGUGAAUCUUCAGGAAGAGCAGGCCCCGCAGCAGGUGGAAUCUCGAGGGAAGUGAUUAUCGGCGUGGCUGUAGCAGGGGCCCUCUGCCUCCUGCUCAACAUCAUCCUCAUCGUUUUCCUGGUCCGCUGGUGGAGGAGAAGAAGGAAAGCAAGGAGAGAGGCAGCCAAAAAAGACGAGGAUGCUGCCACAUUAGAGACAGUAGACUUGCCCAACGGUGUCUUACACCUCAAUGACUUGUCCCCUGACAACUAUGGUGACAUCAUCAAAAACCACAGCCCGAAACGCAUCGACCCGUACGAGGACGAACACGGGGAGCCGUACAGCGACUUCGACCUUCAGGAGGCACUGGACAAGGGCAACUACUACCACCCAGACCCCACGCUGUACCGCCAGGACGAACCGUACAACUACGAGAGAUACCGUGAUGACGGGCAGCCUGGAGUGCACUGGGAUCCCUUCGGCAAACCCCCUCCGCAGAGGAGUUCCCCUGGCCUUGGACCCAUCUACCCAGACAGCGCCUAUGCCAGUAACUACAGUGACUACCCGCCUGAGCAGGACUACCCCCCAAGACCCACCUAUCCCCCCACCUUUGAUGACAUUAACCCUGGAGCCAUUGAGCAGGAUGCUAGGGUGGGUAUACCCUUGCUAUCAGCUGAGGGGACCCCACGGCUAGUGGACGAUGACGGGACCAUAAACACCUACGGACUGGACUACGGUGGCGGUGCCCCCUCCAGCAGAGGCUCUCACUCCUCCUACGACAAAAACCCAUACGGCAGCCAAGCUCCCAACAGGAACUACGACCACUAUGACCAGCGGGGACAUCUUGUAUAGAGACGUGGUGGGAAAAGUCUGCUUACCUUUGCUUUGUCCCCGAUAAAGGUGGAAAGUUCACCACCCAAGUGCCAAGUUUGGUUAGGGAAAACUCAAGGAUCUUUAGGCAUUCUGUGGAAAUGGGUGGAAGGCAUACUUGUACCAAGGACAACACUUCUCACAACCAUCAGCCAAAUAAGGGAAGCAAGUUGUGUUACAGGAAAGCAAAGAAGAGCAAAUUGCUGCCAUUUUUACUAUUUUAGAUCUUAACUUGGGCACAAAAUUAUAACACAUAAACACCUUAAAACUGUACAAGUCGUGGAGAUUGCCAAGCCAUAGGAAAGAUUAUACCUGUCCGGAGAUAAAAUCCGUAUUAUUUCUGUACAGCAUCUGUUCAUGUUUAGUUUUGUAGAAUCUGGUUGCUUUUACUUGCAAUAAUUACUGUACAAGUUACUUUUCAGGAAGUCACCCUGCCGAUCAACUCUGUACAGAAAUGUCUAAGAGAUUGUGUGGCCAACUCAUUCUGAUACCCUGGAUUACCAGUGAUCACUGUGAAGACUUCUAAUACAAAUACUUUUCCUGAUAGAAAAGGGGCCCAUAGCCAGUAUCAUCUGCAGUAUCAUGUAUUGGUUGCUGUUGACUUGCAAAAAAUAUCUGCAGUACGUCUUUGUCCGUGACUGGGUGACUUUCUGCAAAAUGCUACAGUUGUAGGGGUAGCAACACUGAUAAAUGUAAAGAAGAUAUGAGAAACUUUUAUUAUCAACGUUUGUUACAACAGUUGUCAAGGAGACAAAAUGCAGAUACGUGAACCAGUGUUAUUUGCAGUACACGUUCUUACCACUUACUUUACCAAAUAUACAAAGGUUUGAAAAGCCAGAAGAAUAAAACUUUAUGUACAGCAAUUGUAAAUAAUAUCUUUUUUCAACUUUGGUGCUUGAAUUUUUUUAUAUGAUUCAUACUAUAUAUCCAUGCAUGUAGUCAAGCUCCUUGCAUGAGAUGCUUUAUUGCUUGCUUUCAUGUCUCUGUUUCUUUGAUGCCAAAGAGCUUCCUUUUAUUCAAAGAGCAGCUGGUACAAUACCAUAUAAAAUGCAAUGGCUUCGUAAGUCCUGCAUACAUACUUUAUCAGUAGAGGAGUUUGCAGAAAAUUAUCCCUUUGUUGUAGCCAAAGAGACUAAUGAGAUUUUACUUUCAGUACUUGAUUAGUCCAGAGUUGCUGUUUUGUAGAUGAUAUGAUGAUAUUAACAAUAAUGUUUAAUCGCUGUGACAAAUCAUGUAAAUAUGUUAUCAAUUUUUUUGUAAUUAUGUAAUUAUUUCCAAAUUGUUCCUGUGGAAUUUUGUGUCCUAUCAUAAGAGAUGUAAGCUGCAAUUUCAGUGAAUGUGACAGUGAGAGUACUGUAAUCUGGGAAACCCUGAAACUGUGCUGCAUGAUUUGUUUGAAACAGGCCUGCAUUCCGUCCUCCAUGUUAGAGCAAGUGAAAAACUGCAUGUACAAAGAUGGUAUCCAGGCUAGUUCAGUAUAGAAACCAGACUUCCUCUUUUCUUUCACAAUAUUAUCAGUUGUGGGCAAGUGUUAAAAGUUCAAUCCAUAUACAGACUUGUAAUAUGCCAAGGAUGAUAGUAUCGUUUCCGCUCCCCUGUACAAAUCAUGCACUGCAGUUUCAACACAUUUGUGGCAAAAGGUUGAUGUGCACUGGUGCUCAAGGUUGUGGUGUCAAAAAUCUUGCAUAGGAAAAGACAUGAUAUUCUUCCUGAUAUUCAGGACCAACAAGUACAUAACAUAUAGUUACAGUUCUUACUGUUGCACCGUUGAAACAGGAGGUGCAGCAUUCUCUCACGUCAAAACAAUUCACAAUAGUAUGCUCAGUAUUCAUAAAAGCAAUCUAUUUGUUGUUGUUGUUGUUUUGGUCCUAAUAAGCAAUGAAACACUAAGACUCUAAAAGAUGUUGAAACAUUGUAAUUGCUAUGAAGCACCAGAUCUUUUGAUACCUUUUGUCAGCUUAGCUGAAGCUAUUGGAAGGUAGGGUGUUCAUUCACUGUAGGAUUGUAACAUUGCACUGGUGUUGUUUGUACAUCUGUACAUGCAGAACUGUGCUUGUGCCUCACAUUCAGGAUAUAGUAGGAGAUUAAUGUGUAUUUUUCCUACUAAAAGUGCAAAAACCUAAAGGCAAUUUGAUUUACACAUAUCCAUCAUUGACACUAAGAUACUUUCAGUCAUGGUGCCUAAAUAGCAAUAUGUACGUUGGAUCCAGUAUGUGCUGUUCCGAUAUUGUUUGUUGUGUGUGGACCAAGCCAAGUUCUGCCAGUGAAGAAGAGAUCCUCAGUAUUUGGCACUUUCAAGUCUUGUACUUAGCCCAGGUCAGUACAUGCUGUGUUUCUUCUUCAGUGAGACAGUGUCAGGCCAUGUAUCUGACAGUGAUAACUACAUUAGAUGACAUGUACAGUGAUAACUACAUUAGGUUUGGACCUGAAACACACAUCCAACUAUAGAAAUCAUCUUGCAGUUGUCUCUACAUAGGAAAAAGCUGUUUCACAGGAAUGACUCUUUUUCAUCCGGUCAAUUUCCAUCAUCAAAUACUGGUGUGAUCAUCUUCCCAUCAUGCAUUGUGUAGCCAUAGCCAGAAAUUCAGUUGCCAUGGUGACAGAUGCGGGCAUUCUGUAAGCUUAUGCCAAUGACCAUGUAACCCAAGUAAAACAAUCAGAGGUCUUGAAAUUAAAGUCAUGUGUUGAACCUCUUAGAAAAACAACUCUUUAUGUCACGAUAUGUACCAGUAUGUAUAUAACACAGACAUGACUGUGAAGACUAGUGGAACUGUUAGUCAAGUUUCUGUAUGGUACACCCAGCACCAUCAAGUGUCUGUGCAAUAUUGCCAUAAAUGAGAAAAAAACACUGCAGACGAUGCAGUAAAGUGUGGAUGUUUAUAUUUGUACUAUAGCAGUUUAGUUGUAGUUUCUGUUGUUUACAACAUCUCAUUCCUUUCUUGUUGUAAGUAGCUUUGUACUUUUUUAUACAGCCAUUUGCAGCCUAUUUUUGUACUGCUGAAAAAUUACCAGUAAUAUAUUUAUGACCAGUGUGUCACGUAUCUACCGUUUUAUUCAGUUUGUUUAGAGAAAUGUAGAAAUAAAACUUGUGUGGUCACAA